CCACAGCUACCUCCUUCAUUACAUUCCAAUACAGAAACAGACGUGAAAAACAGACGACAUGACCAUUAUCUAUCAAUACAAAGUGGCUACCACAUCACUCGGAGGCUUUGCCAAACUAUUGGCAGCCUGGAAGGGCAGUGUUUAUAAACUUAUGUUCAAAGAGAUGUUAAUUUUCGCGGGAGCGUACUUCCUGAUCAGCAUCACUUAUAGAUUAGCUUUAACACCGGAUCAAAAACUCCUUUUCGAAAAAAUCGUAACUCAUUGCAACACUUUCACAAGUUUAAUACCAGUUUCUUUUGUGCUGGGUUUCUAUGUAUCUUUUGUUGUAAAAAGAUGGUGGGAACAAUUUAUGAAUGUUCCUUGGCCAGACAGAACAUUGUUUAUAAUGAAUACCUAUUUACACAGCGAUGAUGACAGAGCUAGAAUAAUGAGGAGAACAAUAGCUAGAUAUAUGUUACUUGGUCUUAUUAUAAUAUGUCGUUCUGUUAGUGUAGCUGUCAUGAAAAGAUUUCCUACUAUGGACCAUCUGAUCGAGGCAGGUUUUGCAACCAAAGAAGAAAUUGAGAUGUUUGAAAAUACUAAAUGUAAAUACAACAAAUUUUGGGUACCCUUGAUGUGGGCUAACAAUAUUUUAAUUCAAGCCAGAAGGGAGAGAAAAAUCGACAACGAUUUUGGUCUUCGAAUGAUUAUUGAGCAACUGGCGGCAUUUAGAGAUAGAUGUUCUUUAUGUUUUGUAUAUGAUUGGAUAACAAUACCUUUAGUAUAUACACAAGUUGCUACUCUGUCUGUUUAUAUGUUUUUCGCUACCUGUUUAUUAGGACGACAGUAUCUAGAUACUAGUAAAAAAUAUCCUGGUUAUGAUAUUGAUUUCUACUUUCCAUUAUUUACCUUAUUACAGUUCUUCUUUUACAUGGGUUGGUUAAAGGUUGCUGAACAACUAAUCAACCCUUUUGGUGAAGACGAUGAUGAUUUUGAUAUCAACUGGCUAAUAGAUAGGCACACGGAGGUGGCGUUUUCUCUAGUAGAUCAAUGUUAUGGUAAAUAUCCUAAGUUAGUUCAAGAUAAAUUCUGGAAUGAUGAAGUCGUGCCAGAUUUACCAUAUACAGAGGCUUCCAAGAAUUCCAAGAAACCAAAUUACCUAGGAUCUACAUAUAAUUUAUCUAAACCCUCCCCGGACGAUCAGCGUUUAUUUGUUCCUCAUCCCAAUGUAAACGGCUUUGGUGUGAGAAACAGGAAUAAGGACUCCCUUACCAGUAAUAUAGGAGAUUCAGUCAUAAGUUUAUUUACUGGAAGAGGAAAUGUCCCGAAACAAUACUAUGAUUCCAGAGAAACUCUAUGUUCUGUUGCUGGUAGCGAGAAAAUGUUUAAUAAUUUACAUUCUAAUGGCGGUCCUGGUUAUACACAGCUACCGUCCAUUGUCAUCAGCGAGCCACGACUGCGUAGAGCGUCUGCAGAUCUUCCUAUAAACACAGAGGAACUAAAUGAGUUAAGGCGAGAAAGGGCUAGUACAGAUUGUGACGAAAGAGGUAUGUUGAAGUCAGAAAGAGAAAGAAAGUUCAGUACACCAUUUAACUUCCCUUUCUUUAGUCGUGAAGAAAAGAAAACUGAAGACACACUUCUGCCAAAACCACCUUCAAGAUUUUCUGUUGAACCUGUUGUGAAUGAUCCAGAACAAGAUUUCAUAGCUCCUCGUACAAGACGUACAGGACAAAUAAUGUGCCAGCUAGAUAAACAUAUGAAGCAUAAUAAUGUUUCACGACCACCAGUAUUAUCAGCAAUAGAAGAGGGUGGAACAGUGAACAGUAUAAGGCAGUUAUUACACAGAUCAGAUAGCGAUACAUCUGACCCCUUUAACGAUUCCUCACCAAGAUCUUCCAGCACACAUUCUCUAGAGGUGAACAGCGAAUCUGAAGAACAUCCACAUAAUCAACUUAUUCCUGAAAUUAUUAUAGAGGAAUACUGAUCACAGAGUAUACAUAAUGCUACAAUACCUAUUUAUAAGUGACCGGGUCACUUAGAAUAUAUGCUAGUGAUUAAUUUCAAAGAGAGGAACCAUGUUUAUCAUAUGUGGACAUUAGAUAAUCGCGUACGAUAAUAAUAAAGGAACAUUGAAGCUUGAUCUCUCUAUGGACUAUUUAUGUGUGAUUUUACUGUGGUGUUUAUAAUAAACUGGUAUUGGUGUUUAUAAUAAACUGGUAUUGGUGUUUCUUUGUAUAAAAUGUGUAUAGUAUAAAGUGUUCAUGAAAUUGUAUAUAAAGACAAUAUAGGGGAUUGUAUGUACUGGUAACCCCCAACAUGAAAUUGAAUACACUUACAUAAUAUAGUCUGUUACCUGUUCAAGCUACCAUUGUACAAAUCGUUGUUGUUUUAAUGCGGAUACCAUAGUUUUAGUGAAGAUUUUGGAACACAUAUUUUGUAGCUAUGAUUUUUUAAAGAGUGCAAUAAUAAGUGAAUAGUAAAUACAGUUAUUUUCUGGGAGAACUAAGUACAAGCCUUCAAAUUAAAACAAUACCUAUUUGAUACUCAAGGAAAACCGCAACCAAUUUCUUUUUUGUAUUUUGCCUUAUGCUUAUAGAUACAUUAUGUAAGAUUUAGAUAAAGAGCUAGCCAUUUAUAUAAUAAUUCGAAAAUAGAUAGUGCAAAAUUACUCUAUUGUGAACGAAGAUAUUAGCCUUUGAAAGUUUGACAAGAUGUAUUUAUUAAUUGCAACCACCCUACUAAUUUUUCGAAGUUAUGCCUCGGUCUCUAUUUUUAAAUUAAAUCAAAACAUGGCUGAAUCGUUCGAGAGUUGAUUAUGGUCUUGGCAUGUUAAUAAAUGUCUAAUUAAUAGUUUAUAUAACAUUUCAGGCAUAAAGAAAGACCUGCAAUAGGCAGAUUUAGCUCUUGCAUAAUGUAUGUUUAACAUAAUAGUUUGGUCAAUAGCUUUACAGUCAGUAUUCAAUGCUAGGGUGGAUAAUUUUGCAUGGAGAAAUGGGUUUCCACAGUCUACAAUUCAUCAAAUUCCGACUGUCAAGGUUUCUUUUCGUUGCAAAAUGUAAACAUGGGUGUUUUUCUUGUCCCAACGAAAUUCAUUGUAUAGGUAACUUCUAUUCCUCGAAUUACGGCUGCCAAGGUUUCUUUUAAUUGCAAAAUGUGUACAUGGGCCUCUAUCCGCAGGCUUUCUGUUAGCCAAAAAUUCUAUAGAAAUGUAAGGUGUGACAUCUACAUGUGUUAUAUAUGUUCAGUUUAUCCAUAGUUCUCGGCCAGGAUAAUUUGAGUUAUGGACAAACUAAA